UUUUAUUUUAUUUUUUUAUCUUUGCUAAAAUACAAUACUCUAAGAAUACGUCUGUUUGAACGCCAUUUAAAUUCAUAAUAUAUUCUUUAUACUUUAGUUUCAAGCCAAUACAAAAUUCACGUAAAUUUACCAGGUGAAAUUUCUGCAAGAAAUUCAACUGUAGCUUCUCGCAGCUACCAUUUAUGUUGUGUAGAUAAAUAAUGAUAGAUAAGCCAUUUUGUGACGUUAGUAACGACUUGCCAAGACGGAUUUUUUUUUAACUUUUCUAUUUUUUUAUUAAUUUUUUAACUGUUGUUGUAUGGCGGGAAUAAAAUAGGGCGUUACUGUAAUUGACGCUUACAUGUUUUUUUUAAGUUAAAUUGAACUUACUGAUUUUAUUUCAGUCUAAAGGUUUAAGAUAUAAUCUAAUUUCUCUCACGGAACUUUUGUGCCAACAUAAUAAACAAAGAGAACUUAUUGCGCAUGCGCACAAGCACAUGAACUGUCGCACAAUGCUACCGCGCAUGCCUACUUAACUACAACGCCUAUUUCAAAGCCUAUAGCGCAUGCGCAGUUUUGACAAAACCUAGAUGAAAAACUCAUGCAAAACACGACGCCUUCUCAUUGCGUUUUGAAUCUCGUAAAGGCUAGAUACCUGAGAAGUUCAGUUUUAACAAAAACAGACGGAAGAUUGAAAGAUUGAUUUAAAUUGAAAGACGGUUUUACUGAUUGUUGAAAGAUCCUAUCACAAAGAUGUCUGCUUGCAGUUUUUGGAUGUAUAAAAACAAAGAAGGAGAUAUGGUUGUUAAGUUUCAUAAUGAAGAUCUUCAAAGGGUGCAAACGAUUAAUAUGAAACAGGAAGAAGACGAUACAAUGAUAGAAUUGCAAGGAACAGAUUACCGUGAAGAGAGAAAAGACAAUAGACUGGUAUUGACGAUGUACAGAGGAGCUAUACAUUAUAUUGCACAGCUUGCCAUAGCACUGCUUGAUAUUGACGGAAAGCAAAAAUUAUUUGUAGUCGACAAUGUCAACAUCGCCUGUGCUCACAAGUAUACCAACAAAGAAAGCAACUUUUCUCUCCAUACACAUAAUAGUGACAAAAUUGCAGCACAUAUCGAGUCAAUUAUCAGCACCCCUCUUAAUGAAACUAACAUUCAGCUCUUCUGCUGUGGAGAAGUACAAAAAAAAAGUAGAAGCGAAUACUUAAGAUGUUCAAGAAAUUAUGUUAAUGAAAACUGCACAUCCAACAAUGAGUUUCUGAAAGAAGCUGUUCAAUUUCCACCACCGAUGGUAAAUGAAGAGAUAUCCAGACUUGCCUUUCGACUAAAGUCAUUUCUUAGUGAAAUUGGACAGGUGUUUGUGAUUUUCACACAUUACAAUACCAUGGACAAUCUGAGACUUUUAAAUUUAAAUACUUAUUGUGAUCGUGUUCCGGAUUAUAAACACAGACUUCUGCUGCUCCAUCCAUCUCAAAAUACCUUUGUCAAUAUAAGAUACACUAAAACUACCAGUGCGUCAACCAUUGAGGAAGAAUUUCAAAAUGGUGAAGUAGAUAUUAAACAUUUGUUUUCAAUCAAUCGAAAAUUUAUCUCGAAUAGUACCUCCAGAUUUAUAAAUGUGGUUGCAGCACCAAAUUUCCGAAAGUUAGAGAACAUCGACGUUUGUGCAAGCUGUCAAUUGUUAGAUCAGUCUAUUUUGUCAGACGACGCAAAGGUUAAAAGGUUUUUUCUGAAUCUGGGAUUAACAAGAAGAUAUCCUGAUAAGAAAAUUAAAGAGCAGUACAUGAACAUAUUGGGUCAAGCAAUGUGUUUCAUGGCAAGUAGGGAAACUAUGAACACUGUUCCAACAAUCAAAGAUGACAUCCAUGGGAAAAUAAGCACUCUCCUAUUGUCACCUGAACAGUCAAAUAUUUUGUUUGACGAAUCUAAAAAGAAAAUCAUCGUGGGACCAUUGGGAAGUGGUAAAUCUGUUCUUGCUUUAAAUUAUCUAAAACAUCUUUACCAAUGUUGUGAAGGAAACUGCAUAAUAUAUUAUGUUAUGUGGAGUGACAAAACGAUACUGCUGAAAGCUGUCGAAGAAUUCGUCUUAACAUUUCAAUGCAACAGAAAUGUCACCGUGAUAGUAAUAAAUGCAAUUGAAUUAGCAAAAGAGCUCAACCUCUCUAAACUUCCAACAGUAUCUCAAUUAUUACUGAACCUGUUAAGGAAACAUGGUGCCAUGUCAUUUCAUUUUAUAAGCGACGAGGUAGAUGGUGAGAUGUUUGACAAUCAAGAAGCUUUAUCGCUGAAGCAGAUUUUGGAGAGGGAAGAAGCUUUACAGAAUUCCAUGAUUGUGUUGUUUCUGCAAUCUUUGGAAAAGCACAGGAGAUUGGUUACAUCUGGAGAAACAAAAAAUCAUGAUAAAUACAAAUACGAAGAAACUGGUAUGCGUGUGUUUUACCUCAAUAAAGCAAUGCGAACAACGAAGAAAAUUUUUGACUUUUUAGUAGAAUUUGAGAAAAACAUUUCUGCUGUUGAAUCAGUUAUCAAACAUCCUGUUCAAGACAGCGCUGGUAAAAAAACAUCCCUCCAAAACUCUGCGGCGACAAGUUCUGUUGUCCACAAAAAUUCAAAGAAACUUCUCCCUCAAAAAAUUGGAGAAAAAGGUGAAGAAGGUAAAAAAAUAUUUAAAGAGCCAGUGGACAUCGACGAAAUUGCAGCUGCCUCAAAUUAUCCAGAUGUUUCUGAAGAUAUCAAAACCCUAACCAAAGUGAAAUGCAACUCCGCCCAAGAAGUUGGACAUAACAUUGAAGGAACAAAACCAAUACUGAUACAUCUUAAUUAUGAAAAUGAAACAGAAGAAAAAAGUAUUGUCAUGUUAGCUCUCUCGUUGGAAUACUAUCUAGAUCGUGUUAAUAUUAAACGAUUAUUUUUUCAUAACACUGUGGAACAAUUGAUCACGUUUCGAAAAGUUUUGGAUUUGAUCGGAAGGGAUUAUUUUGUUUAUAACAAACAAACUGAAUGGAACAUUAUCGAUCACAACAAUGAAGUUACCAAUCUUCCGGAAAACGAAGGUUAUGAUUUAAUUACUAAUCUAGAAGGUAGUAGAGGAACAGAAUUUUGUGAAACCGUAUGUUGUAUUGACAUAAAUGACACUAUGUUGCGACACAAGACGUUAGAAGGAAUGUCCAGAGUAACUGAACGCCUGAUAAUUGUUUGCGCGUGUAAUAUACAGUCUGCUGCUACAAAUUCAUCAACUGGACAUAUCAUUAAAGAUCUGUUACCAGAGUACCUGAAUGAAAUUUCUGUUGAAUGUUGCAAGAAUUCAAACGAAAAUUACAUUGAAACACAAGUUAAUGACAGAAAAUCGAUAGGAUAUGUAAAUACAAAUUCGCGUAGAUUCAAAAAUCUCAUGGAACGGAUAAAGAAAAUUGAAUAUAAAAAGAAUGAAUCAGAUGAGGGCGAUUUUGCGCAAAUUAUACGUAACAACUUUCAAUCUCCAACAAUCAACGCGAGCUGCAUUUUUACACACGAUGAUUCGUGUACAAUUAGUUGGAAUGAUGAAGGAUAUGGUUACGUGAUUGAAAUGGAAAACGACAGAUCACAAUGGCAGAACGUAGAAGGUGUGACCACACAUGGUAGAUGUGUUAUCAAUAAUUUAGUUGUUGGAAAGACAUACAAGUUUCGUGUUGCAGCCAGUAAUAACUUUGGUGAAUCAGAAAUUAUAUUAUCCUAUCCACAUUUCGUUGCUGUUACUUUUCAAGAUAUCGUGGAAAUUAUUAGAUCUAACGAUAUCGAACAACUGAAAAAAUUACUAUCCAUUCAUCCAAACAUCGUUCACAUGAGAGAUGAAGAUAAAUACACACCAUUGAUGUGGACAGUACGUUACACCGACAAUACAUCAAUGGUGGAAAUACUCAUCUCAUAUGGGAGUGAUGUUUGGGCGGAAAAUAGAUGGAAACACAACAGUUAUCAUUUGGCUGCAUAUCAUGAUCGUCACACAAUAUUAGAUAUGUUAUGUCGACAUGAUGUAACAAACAUCAACCGUGUAGAUGAUUACAACUUCACACCAUUACAUUAUGCUGCAGCGCUUGGUAACAUCUCAUGUGUUGAUGUUUUGUUACGUUAUGAAAAUAUUGAUGUGACGAUCGAAAAUAUAUAUGGAAGAACAGCUUAUGAUUAUGCUGGAGGAUGGAUGAAUGAACAAAACCGGGAAAUAAUAAGACGAAAAAUAAAAGAAUACGAAGAUGAAAAGAAAAAAUAAACGUCUUAGGAAAUUGUUUCAUUUCAAUAAAACAACAAUAGCUUUAGCAGAUGAUUGCAGCUCGAAUUAUUUAUUAUAUUUUUGUACAUAACUACACUAUUAUUUUAUACAUACUUAUUUUAUAUAUUUUAUUUAUUUAUUUUUUAUAUAUCUAUAAUAAAUUAUUUUUGUUUUCUAUAAUUUAUUAUUUUUAUAUAUAUAUAUACUUUAUUUAAAUUAAAACAAAUUUAUAAGAACAAUGAAGCUGGAAGUGGCUGAAAAAUAAGAACAAAGUUAGAGCAAUAAAAAGGAUGAAUAUUUACUGAUAUUCUUUUCACAAUAAAUAUGAAGAAAUACAUCUUUCAAUGCAGAGAAAUUUUCGCAAAUUUAAUUGUUGUAGCUUUUCAAGUUUGAUGAUCUAGAUGGUCAGAUUAUAGAAAUAAAAACAAUUUUAGCCAUCGUCUACAUUAUCAGAUUUAUAAACUAUAUCAACUAAUAAGAACGAGGUAUCUGGAUGUGUUGAGAAAAUAAAAACAAAUUUUGAGAAUAAAAAGGCUGAAUAUUUACUGAUAUUCUUUUUUUCACAACAAAUAUGAAGAAAUACAUCUUUCAAUCCAGAAAAUUUUUUUACAAUCAAUUCGAUUUUGUGUACUUAGGAAAAAAAUGAUCAAAUUAUAGAAAUAAAAACAAUGUUAGGAUGAAGAUGUAAUAUAAAAUUAGAUCUCAGCGUAAAGUCAAAGUUCAUCGUUCCUCCAAAAAACUUAUUUUUAAUAAAAAAAUGUUAAUGAAAUUUAAUUUUUAACAAAUGUACUGUGAAACAAUUUUUGUUCGGCUUAUUUUUGUAAUAUGAAAUAUACAUGAAAAGAUACAUGUUUAAAGUCACGUGGUUUUGCUGCAUAUAAAUUGUCUUGUUCCCAACUCUCUCAAUAUCCUAUAUUGUGAAAAAACAAUUUGUCAUUUGACAAAAUGGUAUUCAUUUAAUUUUGAAAUGUAAGUUUCGCCCUCUGUACCCAGUCCUCUUAAGAAUAAACUAAGUUAGUUUUCGUGGAGAUCGUCAUCGGGUUUAAGAAGAUUAUAAUGUAUAAAAGGAAUAUUUAUUCUGUUUUUAUUUAGAAAAUAUAUAUACCUUAUCGCACACAAAAAUUGUUUUCGUAACUAAGACCAACCCGAGGCUG